UCCAUGUCGCUUGUUCCAUCCCAUCGUCACAGUAUCAACAUGAUGGCGGAGGGUUUGAUGCGCUAGCGCUACAGCUUUUUGAGGCGUGUCGCGUUUUCACCCUGCUAGCACACCCCGUAGCCCCUAAACAAACUAUGGGUGAUCGUAACAGAACGCGAUCAAAAAUUUACGAGAGAUUAAACAACCCAGAACUUCGCUGUAAAACGGGUUGUGGUUUUUAUGGAAACCCAGCAUGGAAAGGCUACUGUUCAGUAUGCUACAGGGAAGUGUAUCUAAAACAGCAGAGGGCACGGGCUGCAUCACAAAGCAGAGAAGACGCAUUAUCAGGAGGCUCUAAAAAUUUGCAUGCAGAGGUGGGACGUGAGGAGGAGGAAUCUUCAAAACUAAAGUUUAACAAGUUUGAAGAGAAAAAGAAGUUUCAGUUAGAGUCAAAAAAACAGAGUGUAAAGAAAUUAUUCAAAAAGAGCCCUGGAAGAUCUUCCUUACCAGACGACGCUCCAGCUGCAAAUGUAACCCUAUCGCCAGUUGAGCCUCAGAAGAGUGCCACCAGUUUCCGUGAGUUCCUCAAGACUCUCAAGAAACCAGCAGCACAAGAUGUUAAUGAUAAAUGCAAGCUGUUUGUUCAAAGGAUUUUAAACAACCCAUCACUGAAGGUUGAGGAGCAGAGUGAAAUGGUUCAUGAUUUUUAUGGGGCAAUGUCCGAACACCUUCAGUCGCAUCCCUUGUUUCAAAACCAACCACAAGAAGUGAUUGACAGAACACUAGAUGGAGUAGAGAAAUACAUCAUGACCAAGCUGUAUAGAGUUGUUUUCUGUCCUGCCUCCACUGAUGAUGAAGCAAGGGAUUUGGCAAAUCAAAAACGUAUUCGAAGUUUUAAUUGGAUUACUCCUCAGCAUUUGGAUGCUGCUAUUAAUCCUGACAGUGACAAAGUUCAACAGCUGAUUGAAGAUGCACAGCAAGACUUGGUAGAAAUAAACACCAAAAGAGCUCCUCAAGACAAACUGGCUUGUGUUGUUCGAUGCUGCAAGAACAUCUUUAAAAUUAUUCAUCUAUCCACACCUGCUGGAGGAGCAGUGAGCGCUGACGAUUUUCUUCCCUGUCUUAUUUAUGUUGUCUUGAAAGCAAAUCCAACAAUGCUACAUUCUAAUGUACAGUACAUUUCAAGAUUUUGCAAUCCUAACAAACUGAUGAUGGGAGAAGCUGGAUAUUACUUCACAAACCUGUGUUGUGCACUAUCGUUCAUAGAGAAGCUUGAUGCACAGGCACUGUCCAUGUCUCAGGAAGAAUUUAACAGAUACAUGUAUGGAGAUGAAAGCGAUGGUGCAGAGCAGACCAAACUUAAAGCAGAACCACCUGUGACAUGUAAAGGACUAGAACUGAUGAAGUCCAAUCUUGAAGUGCUUGGUACUUUAAGAGAACGGCAGCUGAAGCUUAAAGAAGAUGCUCUUGUAUUACAAGAACAAAUGACAGAAUUUAGGAACAAUGUCGUGAAAGAGGUUGAUGCCAUCUUGGCAGGAACAAGUAAAGGCAAUACAUAUCUUAAAUCUACAUUAACAGCAAGUGAACCGCUUGAGACAACUGUGGCUGCCAGCUGAUGAGUCAUUGUUAAUACAAUGUACAUCAAUUUAUGUACAUGCAACUUAAACCUGCAAUGUGGAAAGUGUGGGAAACCUGUGACAGCUGAUCAAUUAGAUAAUGCCAAUAUUACUAAUGUACUGCAAAACUGGAAUGCAAGUGAGGGAAACCUGUGGCAACUGAUCAAUCAAGUAAUGUCAAUGUACACUGUAUAUUAAUGUACCACAAACCGGCAAUGCAGAAAGUGAGGGAAACCUGUGGCUGCCAGCCAUCAAAUAAAGGCAAAAGCGACACAUACUGGAAAUCUAGGGGGAAGCUUGCGAGCAGUAAGUUUGGAACAGCUCAUAUGGCACCCAGAACUGUUCUUCAACACCUAUGUCUUUGUACACACAAAAAAAAAUUGAUAAUAAUCUAGGGAGGAAGGUUUCAGGCAACAAGCCUGGGACAGCUGUGACAGCAAUCAGAUCUGUUCUUGGCCACCUACAGUUCUGUGUUCUCUUGAACUCAAAAAUUUUUGCAUGAAACUUCGGAGAUCAUCCAGUUUCCAUGAAAUAUUUAUAAAUAUAUUAAUGUGAUUCAUAUGGGGUAUGAAGUAAUGAGGAGGGAAGGGAAAUGAGGAGGGAAAUAGGAAAUGAGGAAAUAAUAUUUCUCUAGUAUUUUUUUCCAAAUGCAAGUAAAUUAUAUGACAUUCUGAAUUCACACCAGUUACUUUGUCACCUUUUGAUAAUUAGUUUGUUGAUCAAGACAGUUUAAUUGAUUAAGUUGUAGCCACCAGUGAUUGGUUUAAUGCGGAACUGUAAGAGUAAAUUAGGUUAACUUUUUUGUUGAUAUCCAAGGUAAACAUUUUUUACAAAAUUCACAUGUAACUUCUGUAAGUUAUGAAGAAAUUAUGGAGGACUUAGUGGACAUGUUACUGAUUCAAUGUUCACUGAAAUUUAUCCGUACACAAAAAAUGUUUUCUGUAAGAGAUUUUUAUAAUUAUUUUAUAUUUUAUUAUUUAAGCCAUAGCCUCAUUUGUCGCGAAAUUAUGAGCCUCUCCGAUAUUUGUCCGUGGACAUUUAAUAUCUGUUCCCAGAAGCGAACAGUCUUCCGGGAGGGAAACUGUGAGCUUCGAGGCUUUUGUGUUUAUUAUCCUUCAACAAACAUUUUUCGCAACACGCGGGAUCUGCCAAAAUUGGGGAAUAUCACUCAUAUAUUCCCCAGUUUUAGCUGGAGCAUAUUCAUUCACGUGACGCGCUUGGACCAAUCGCGUGCGAGCGAAAAUAUUUGACGGAGUGAAGUGUAAAUAACGCGUGCGUGCGAACACAAGCGCCCCUCAUCACUUCCGGUCGCUGUGAAGCGCUAAAGCAGCCGAAAAGGAGUAGGGAGGGGUGGAGGGAGAUGGGCGGAAGGAGCUGUAUUUACAGGCUAGUGUAAAUUGUGCGCUAAAAUUGAUCAAAAAUUAUCUGGCUAAACUGAAUUGAUAUUUAUAUCUUAUGAGAAAUUUUGUAUCACACGUACAAGCUGUGCAUUGACAUUCUUUACUUUGUCUUUCAAUAUACAAUGUUUCGUCAGGACUUAAUAAAAUUACAUAAAACUGUAA